GUGGCCUUUAUAUCCAAGCUUGGAACCUCCAGUUUGCUCAGAGAGAAGACGAAGAAGAAAAAUGGAAGGGUUUUCGAAGCUAACCCAUUUGUUGAUGAUGGGUUUUCUAUACACUUUCGCAACCAUGAUGGUCAUUCCGGCUAUUACCGAUGUCACCAUGUCGGCUCUCUGUCCCGGUCGAGACGAGUGUUCCAUGGCCAUUUACUUUACUGGGUUUCAACAAGUCGUGACGGGACUUGGUGCGUUUAUUAUGAUGCCAUUACUCGGUAACCUCUCGGAUAGGCUCGGGAGGAAGACUCUGCUCACUAUUCCCAUGAUUCUCACUAUCCUUCCCCUCGGGAUUCUGGGAUAUGGUAGGUCGAGGCAUUUGUUCUACGUUUAUUUUGUGUUGAAGUGUGUGACGAGUACGGUUUGUGAAGGGAGCGUUCAGUGCUUGGCCAUUGCUUAUGCGGCCGACAAUGUACCGGCACACCAGCGAGCUUCUGCGUUCGGAAUGCUAUCGGCCGUUGGAUCUUCUGCUUUCGUUUGCGGGACUCUCUGUGCUCGUUUUCUCUCUAUUUCAUCCACUUUUCAGGUAGCGGCUUCCGUAGCGGCUGCUGCGGUAGUGUAUAUGAGGCUUUUCCUUACUGAUUCUAUCGCCGAUUGCAAUCUUUCUGCUCCGCUAGUGUCCGGGGAGAAUGUAGAAUCUGUUUCUUCGGAUCCAGUUUCGCCCAGAAAAGAAAAGGUUAUUACCGCAUUUCCUUCAGUGAAGGACCUUUGUGCACUGUUGAAGACUAGCACGACAAAACAAGCAGCCAUCGUUGCAUUUUUUGGCAAUCUCGCCGAUGUUGGUCUUCAUGCUUCAAUACUGUACUAUUUAAAAGCCAGAUUUCACUUUAACAAGGAUAAGUUCGCUGAUUUGCUGAUGAUUUCUGGGGCUGCUUCGACUUUUUCACAGCUACUUUUGAUGCCCAUCUUGGUUCCUGCUCUAGGAGAGGAAAGGCUACUCUCAGUUGGGCUCUUUUUCAACUGCGUUCAUAUGCUUCUUCAUAGCAUUGCUUGGGCUGACUGGGUUGCCUAUGUUGCUACAAUGUUUUCCGUUUUGUUCGUUUUCUGGCAGCCUUGCCUGCGAAGCAUAGUGUCAAAACAAGUUGGUGCAAGCGAGCAGGGUAUGGCUCAAGGAUGCAUUUCAGGCAUAUCUUCAUUUGCCAAUGUUGUUUCUCCAUUGGUUUUCUCUCCUUUAACUGCUUUGUUUCUCUCUGAAAACGCUCCAUUUAAUUUCCCUGGAUUUAGCAUCAUGUGUGCUGGAUCUUCUGCGAUGAUAGCAUUUGUUCAGAGUAGCAUGAUAAGGGCUCCUACCAAAGCCAGUAUUAGCAUCAUCCAUGUGGAAGUCUAGUUCUUGUUCUUCCACUGCUUAUUAUUUUGUUGUUAAAAGAGUGUAAAUGUUUCAUUGUUUAUUGUAAAAAAUAUAGGAAAUUAAGGGAUAAGAAUUGUUUUUCCCCAGAAUUUUUGUUAACAGCCAUUUGUAAGUGACUUGUAAAAUCAAUUAUUAUUAUGGCUAUUUAUAAUUCUGGAAGGAAAAA